CACUGCCGCGCGCGUUGCGGCAUCCGUGCGGCGCGCGCAUCUCACCGCGUUUCGUCUAGUGUUAUUCUUCCGGUUGGGGCCGUCGCGUUGAACUGUUGUCGAGUCCACGAGGAUGAAGUACAAUCAUCUGGUAUCCUCCUCGCGCAGGAAGAACAGAAAGAGGCACUUCACAGCGCCUUCUCACAUCAGACGGCGGCUCAUGUCCGCGCCGCUGUCCAAGGAAUUGCGACAAAAGUACAAUGUGCGGUCGAUGCCGAUCCGCAAGGACGACGAAGUACAGGUAGUACGUGGCCACUACAAGGGUCAACAAGUAGGAAAAGUCGUCCAAGUGUAUAGGAAAAAGUUCGUCAUAUACAUUGAACGAAUUCAACGCGAGAAGGCGAACAGCGCCAAUGUCUAUGUCGGCAUUGACCCCUCUAAGACGGUUAUCGUUAAGUUAAAGAUGGACAAGGACCGUAAAAAGAUUAUCGAUAGGCGAAGUAAGGGCAGACUGGCUGCGCUGGGUAAGGACAAGGGCAAAUAUACAGAAGAUGUUACGGCCGCCAUGGAAACGUCAUAAUUUUGAUAUAUUUUGCGUUUGUCACAAUAAAAUAUGAAAAACAGAA